AUGUUGGAAACCUUUCCGUACUGGCGAGCUAGUGGAAUCAACCAUACCCAAGGUCCUGCUUGCAGAAUGGUGUCUGCAAAACAGAAGGAUCCUUCGGCACGCAAAAUUGAAGUCGUUGUUGAGAAUCCAUUACCAGGACUGAUUCCGCAGAAAGUUCGUCGUGCAUCCGAUGCACCUACGAAUGUAGACGAGAAACAGAUCCAUGGAGAAACAACCGUUCGAAGAGUGAAACGUAAGAGCGGUGGGAAAAAAGCUUUGAAAAACAAGAAAGGAAAGCUGAACAAAGGAAGCGCUACUAAUCCAUGA